CUCUUCAAUCUUAUCUCUCAUCUCCUGCUCCAGAGGCAGAGGCAGGUGCAGGAGCAGCCCCCCGGGGUGGUGCCUGACCCCUCUGGUAAGAAGAGAAGCAGCUUCGUCAGGACAGAAGACUCAAGAGGGUCAGAGUUUCCGGGGUCGUGGUUCACAGGUGGAGGCGCAGGAUGGAGCCAUGUGACAUGCGCACUCGGCCCUGUUGUUGACUUUUGUUAUGACAAGUCGAGGCCUCGGACUAAAUUAGGAGCGAAGCCCACCCCCGAGCCCCUCGCCGAGUCUGCCCGGGCGAAGCCGCGAUGGAGGGCAUGGACCUGGACCUGGACCUGGACCAGGAGCUCAUGCAGAAGUUCAGCUGCAUGGGCACGACGGAUAAAGACAUCCUGAUCGCGGAGUUCCAGCGGCUCCUCGGCUUCCAGCUGAACCCCGCCGGAUGCGCCUUCUUCCUGGACAUGACCAACUGGAAUUUGCAGGCAGCCAUCGGAGCCUACUACGACUUUGAGAGUCCCAACAUCAGCGCGCCUUGCAUGUCCUUAGUGAAGGACGUGACGAUCGGCGAGGGCGAGUCGGUUCCUCCCGACACAGCUUUCACAAAGACCUGGAGGAUACAGAACAUGGGUGCAGAGGCGUGGCCUCCCGGGGUUUGUCUGAAGUACGUCGGAGGGGAUCAGUUCGGUCACGUGAACAUGGUGAUGGUGAGGUCUCUGGACCCCCAGGAGAUGGCGGAUGUGAGCGUGCAAAUGCAGAGCCCCGUGUCUCCUGGCAUGUUUCAGGGUCAGUGGAGGAUGUGCACAGCGACAGGACUGUACUUUGGAGACAUCAUCUGGGUGAUCCUGAGCGUGGAGGUCGGAGGCCUCCUCGGCGUCACGCAGCAGCUUUCCUCCUUCCAGGCCGAGUUCAACACGCAGCCUCAUCGCAGCCUGGAGGGAGACUACAACCCCUUCGCCUCGCCGGAGAAGAGCAAGUGCCCCAACAGCAACAACAACAGCCUCCAUGACGGCGGCGGCGGCGGCGGUCACAUGGUCGCGGAGGAACAUUGGCAGGGAAACCCGAACCAGCUACAGCAAGAUCAGAACGGACUCUCACACAACUCUGUGGAUAUAGUAGCAAACAGUCUACAAAGCAAUCUGUCGGUAGUCUCUUACAACCAGGGUAUACAGGACUCGUUUCCCUUCGGACACUCUUAAGCCCAGUUGGACUUUGUCACAGUGCUGCAGCACCGGACCCAAACCAAACGUCCGGAGUGAGUCACACCCGUCGUCGCAGAGAGGACGAGGCUUCUUCAUCAUCUGGGAAGCGGCGGCUGGAAAAACGUGCGGAGAUAAAAAAAUAAAAGAAAACACUUUAUGCAAAAAGUCCAGCGGCGACACUCCUGACGUGCAGCUCGGCAAACAUCCCACCGCCACUGUACUGUACGCACGCGUGAAUGCUAAGUUAAAAAAAAAAAAAGAGUGCUGAGGCUUUUUGAGUGAUAAUUAUUUUUUUCCUGAUUUUUUUCUUCUCUUUUUUUAGUUAUCAGAGUGCAGAUGAAACAAUGAUGAUAGGAGUGUGUGUGUGUUUUUGUGAAGUUUUGUGUGUGUGUGUGUGUGUGUGUGUGUGUGUGUGUGUGUGUGUGUGUGUGUGUGUGUGUGUGUGUGUGUGUGUGUGUGUGUGUGUGUGUGUGUGUGUGUGUGUGUGUGUGUGUGUGUGUGUGUGUGUGUGUGUGUGUGUGUGUGUGUGUGUGUGUGUGUGUGUGUGAGUGAGAGAUGUGCAACCUGAAAGAAAGACUUUGGAGGAAAAGCCAUUUACUUUGCCAACUGAUUCUCUGGUUUUCUGCUCUGACUCUUCACACAUUGAUCCGUCAGUUCCCUUUAAAACUAAAUCUGAUCAUAGAACUAACCAUCAAAUUUUCAUCUCAUUCAUUUAGGAUAAAUGUACAUUGAGGGGAAAAGCAACAACAUACCACAGAAAUAUAAAUUCUAAGGCUCAGUGUUUUUCAACGUGGCUUCUUCAUCACGGGAAAUGAAUUCCUCUCGCUCUCGUUCGUAGCUGCAGUUUUUUCAGAUGCACUGUAAUUUUUCCUCCAGUGGAGGGAGUCGGCCGUUUACUCUCAACGAGAAGACGUCGACAUCCGACACACGGAAAUCUAGUUUUACAGUCCGUCUCCAUAUGAUUUAGUCCAGAUUAAUUCAGAGAAUUCAGAGCCAACGUAGUUUGUAGCUACUGACCGUAAACGGAAAUAAACCAGAAAUUGAAUCUUGAUUCUCGUGCAAGAAGCUCGACAAUUCUUGUGAGACAAGUUCUCAACGCUGACAAAAUACAUAUCUAUUAAAUAUGAGCAGAGUAUUCACUGUAGGUAUUAAUGCAGUAUUAGGGACCCCCCCGCCCCAUCUGUCUUCAUAUGUAGUUUAGUUUAAUGUGCUUGAGUUUAAAUCAAACACAAAAUAAUAGGAUCAAUGCACAUUUUACACGAAGAUGCUGAAUUCAAACCGUAUGAACGAUGGUAAAGACAAAACAGCACAAUAAAUCCAUGUUUCUUUUUUAUUUGCCCCGCCCUGAAUGUUAAUUUUAAAUCUGUUUGCCAUGUUACGUUGAAUGUAUCUGAUGAUUGUAGUUUUUUUGGAAACCUAUUAAUUUUACCCAAAGAUGCGACAUUGUGAAUCUGGCAGUUUUAUACGAGUGUGAUUGCGUUUUCACGCCUCUCUCGAAAUUAUUCUUUUAUGAGUUUUGAAAACUUUAAAGGAAAUUGUUACCGUUUUUUUUUUUUAUUAUAACAUUUUUUUUUCUUCCUUUCAGGUGUAAACUUUACAUUACGACGGAGUUUUAGGGGCCACGUUGAGGGGGGAAUAAAAGUGCGACUAUCUCAAUUUUUCCUCUUCAUCUUUAUACUUUUUUUGCAAUAUUAUUCUUUUUUUUCUUGUAAUAUUUCGACUUUAUACUUGUAAUAUUAUGACUUUACCCUCAUAAUAUUUUAACUUGCAAUAUUAUGACUUUUUCUCUUAAUAUUUCGACUUUAUUCUCAAAAUAUUACUUUUUUCUUGCAGUAUUAUGACUUUUUUUCUCUUAAUAUUUCGACUUCAUAAAUUUACAACUUUACUCUCUAAGUCUCCUCUUUCUCUCCCAACGUGGCCCCUAACACUCCGUCGUGUCACCUCACCAGUUAAAUGAAAAACAAAAACAACAGAAUUAUGUUUUUAUUCCCCCCUCGGACGUUUUGUUUUUAUUCACCUGCACUAACUGAUCUCUGAUCUGCCCCCUGCCUCCACGAGUACAGUUACAGUACGUCCUGAAGGGGUUGAAUCCUCUGUGAUUCUAUCUGUCACCCGGAGUGUUGAGACCCCGUCGUCUCCAACUGUUCGCCCCCUGGCUACUGUACCUCACCUUCACAGUAACACACGUGUGGAGAAUCUUUUUGGGCCCUGUCGUGCUUUAUUGUGAUAAAACAAUAUUCUUCUCCCACACUUGGUCAUUUUGUUUUUCCUUGUGUUCUUCCACGUCUCCACCGGGGCCAGAUUGCAGAAUGAAUCAGUUGGCAUUAGACUAUAAAAACAGCACAUCUGUGAGAGUGAGGAUGUGCAAACAGACUUUGGAAAAGCGUGUUCCCCUAUUGGAUGUUUGAUGAAUUGUUUGUAUGAUUAAAUUAUCACUUCAAACUGAAA